CAAUAAACAAUGCAAUUUUAGAUURAAAAUGAUACUUGAAUUGGGGUUCCUGUUUUUUGUUAUUGUCACGUGAACAAAGUUGGCGGGAAAAUCAACRUUUCAACCUACAAUCGACAGAAAGAACACUUUCUUUUUUGACAAAUACUAUAGUACUAGUAUUGUCUUAUGAAGUCUUACAAGCAACAGAUUCAUGUAUUUUAGCAAUAGAAAUAAUCCUAUACGAAGGAGUAGAGAAUUAUGCAGCCAAGAUGAUGAAAUUGGACUCAUUUAUACAAGAGACAAGUUCGGUUGUCUGAAAACACCAAGAGGUUACAACUUGACAUUCGGUGACAAAAGCUAUCUUAAAGAAAUUGAACCAAUAGCUGCWAGUUGCUCCACGGAAGACCCCGAUGGCACUCUCUCUCCAUGUUCACUGUACUCGAUUUCACUYGACUUUGUGGCCAAAAACAUCUCAAUGGUAGAAUCUCUGUAUGGGUUUCCUGAUAUUGUAGGAAAAGAUCUYUUUGACAGGAUACAUGCAAACAAAGGAUUUGCUCAUUCUUGGAGUGACAACUUUCAGUUAUUCAUAGAUGCCUAUGGAAGUCUUGUUUUAGACAAGUUGAGCUUAAAUGGACAAAGACUUGCCGUCAGUGAAAUAGAGUAUUUGAAGAGCUUUUCUUGUUUAUCUGAGCUGGAUUUGAGUCACUGUCGCAUGGGAAGUAACCACGAAGUACUGUUGCAUGUAUCAAAAAUGUCGAGUUUAACAAACCUGAGUUUAAAGGAUAACUGCCUGAAUGUGGAUGAUAUCAAACUCUUUACACUUCCUCUUCGUGUGACAAGAGUUGGGCCAUCAAACUUGAAAUUACUGGACUUAUCUCUUAACCCUGGUAUAUCCCAUCAUGCAAUGAGGUACCUGACUUGUUUUCAAUCUCUUGUUGGUGUGAACCUCACUGGGACAAGUGUAUCAGUUACCGACAUAGAGAAGUCUUCAAGGGUGAAUCRACUGGUGUCAAAUCCAAAGUUUACAGGUUUCAAUGAUUAUAACAAGAUACAAACUGAAGGAUGGGCUUCCUGUGUUAUYGAAGACUGGCUUUUUAAGUUGAACACUGCAAAGAAACGACCAAGAAAGAGURGUGCGAACAGCAAAGCUCAGUCAUUUUAUACUCAAGGGAAGAAAUUAAAUUUACUACAAGAAAAGAACUCUGAACAACCCAYAAUCRCYGUAMAGAAAUUGCCUWUAUUAAUUCUAACAAAACCUGAARGAUCACAAAUUAAAGCUGUUUUAAACRGAAAAUGCAAAAGUGAACAGAUGAAUGAGCARCAUGAAUGSAAGAAAGGGAAAUGUGAACUGGAUAAUGGGAAGAAAAAUAAUGAAUCAGCAAGACUCAAGAGAAAACARCAUUGGGAUGAUGAUGCUUUCAUAGACAAUGAAAUACUUCAGUUUUACAUGAAUAACACUAGAACAGUGACAGAGAACAAAAAACCAAGACUGUCUCUAAAUGACUUCCUGAAAUGA